AUGGCAUUUAAUGACACUAUCGUAGCAUCCUAUGCCUAUGCAUCAGCAUCCAAUUUAUCAUUGUUACCAUAUUCAGACAAUUCACCAUUCAUAAUCGAAUCAUCCGGUUUAGGUGAGAAAUUAUUAACAACUGUCACUUCGACAUUGGUCACAUUAUUACAAACAACAAAAAAUUUAACAAUACCGCCGACACAUCUCAUUCGUGACCAAACAACAUCAUAUCCAUUUGUAUUUAAUUCUUCUUCUUUAUUAUCUACUGUCUUUUCAUCUGUACCACUAACAUCUACUGCUUUUCAUACGUCCCUCUCUUCUACCACUACCUCCACCACUACCACCGUCACAACAACAACAACUUUCAUUCGAUUUUCUCCAUCAUCGAGUGUGUCCUAUUUACCUGUCGGAUCGGCAACACCAUCAACAACUCUUCGUUAUAAACCUGUAACAUCGUCAUCCACAUAUAUUCCGGCAGAAAACGAUUAUUUUUUAUUUAAAACAAAUUUUCAUCGUAUAAUACGUAUCGUUGAAUUAUUUAUACUUAGUUUAACAUUACCGUUGUAUGCAAUUGUUUUAAUAUUAUUUAUUGAAAUAAAUAUUCAACAUCAUCGUCGUAAACGAAUGAGAAGUCUUAUGUGGACAAGUAAUUAUUUGUUAGUCGAUUUUAUCGGUUUACUCUAUGAAAUUGUCUACGUUAUUAUCCAUUUAACAGGUGAUCUUAAAAUAAAAAGUACAUUUGGACUUAUUUAUUGUCAAUUUCAAUUGUAUAUUCCACUUUAUUUAACAGCAACAAUGGCCUAUAGUCUUAUGGCCAUAUCAAUCUAUCGUAGAAGACAUUUCAUACGAUUAGACGGACAAACAAGACAUUCAAAACGAAUUAGUUUCAUCAUGAUUGCAUGUUUAUGGUUAAUACCAUUGAUAACAUCAAUUAUACCAGCUUCAAUAUUAACACGAUUUAACAUAAUGAAAAUGUUUUAUCAUGAACAUACAAAUGAAUGUCAGAUUAAUUAUAGUUAUAGUUCAGGUGUUGAAGCUGCAUAUAUGUUUUAUAGACUAGGUCAUAUAUUUUUGCUGCCAUUAACUGUCUCAUUCAUCUGUUAUUUGACAAUAUUUUUAAAUUUAAUUCAAAUGCAAAAACGUUUUGAUCGUGAAUUUAAACGUCAUGUUCAUAUUCGAAAAAAUCUUAUAUUACAAAUUUUAUUUUUAUUUUUAAAUUUUGCCGUAUUUUGGUUACCAGCUGAAAUCAUUACAAUUAUGUCAAAAAAUCGUAUAUUAAAAGAUACUGUACAAGUGACAAAAAGUUUAAAUAUUCUAUUAGAUCCAAUUAUUAUUACUGGAUUUGAUACGAGAUUUUCAAAUGCUGCUAAACAAUUAUUGAAAAAAUGGCGACUUUAUCAGUUAUUAUGUGCACGACGUUCAUUGAGUGAACCAAGUGCUCAAGGUACAAUAACAUCGACUCGUGGUGGUGGUCAUCUUUAUCGAACAAAUGCAAAAAGAAGAUUGGCAACAGUUAAUACGGAUAUCAUAGAAUUUAGAAAAACAAAUAGUUUAUUUCGAAAAGCAACAUUGGAUAGAAAUAAACGAAAACCAAAUACAAUUGCUUUAGAAGAAUUCACUCAAAAUCAACCAAAUCAUCAUCCACUUAUUUUGCCAUCAACACAUUAUCGAUCAAACUCAAUAACAACAAAAGAUGUCCAAAAACAACAACAACCAAACCGUAUUAAAACAAAUAUUCAACAUCAUCAACGUUCACGUUCAUAUUAUCAGGAAAAUUCUUCACCAAUAUCUCCUCAUAAACGUAAACGAACAAUAACCGUACCACCCGGACAACUUUCAGCAAAUUCUCUAUCCACAAGACACCGUCGUUCAACUAAAUAUAGUUUAGAAACGGAUCAAAACAAAAAUAAACAAAAAUUAUUCAUAAAAUCACAAGACAACAAUAUUGAUAAUAUUACCACAUUGUAA